AUGGGCGUCAUCAAGAAGAAGACAGGUGCGCGCGGUACCGAGGGCGGCACAAAGUAUGUUUGCGACGUCUGCUCCUCCGACAUCACGUCAACGGUCCGCAUUCGCUGCGCCGAGGAGGUAUGCCACGAGUAUGACCUCUGCGUGCCAUGCUUCGCCGAAGGCAAGGCCACAAAGGACCACCAGCCUGCCAAGCACAAGUUCAAGGUUAUCGAGCAGCAUUCGAUUCCUAUUUUCACAGAGGACUGGGGCGCCGACGAGGAGUUGGCUCUCCUAGAGGGAGCAGAGACAUAUGGCCUGGGUUCCUGGGCAGACAUUGCCGACCACAUUGGCGGCUUCCGCGAAAAGGACGAAGUGCGAGACCACUACAUCGACACGUACCUGAACAGCCCCAGCUUUCCCCUGCCGGAACACUGCAGCAAGGAUGACACCGAGCUCAGCACACGCAUACCGCGUCACGAGUUCCAGGCGAGGAAGAAGCGGAGAAUCGAGAAGAAGAAGGAAGAGGCUGCCAGUCGCGAGCCUGAGGCUCCCAAGCAGAAACCUACGGCCAGUGUCCCCGCUUGUCACGAGGUCCAAGGCUACAUGCCAGGUCGUUUGGAGUUUGAGACGGAGUAUUUUAACGAGGCAGAAGAGGCGGUCCAGCACAUGCAGUUCGAGCCGGGCGAUGGCAUCAAUCCCCGCACCGGCGAGAUUGAACCCGAAAUGGAGUUGAAGAUGGUCAUUAUGGAGAUUUACAACCACCGCCUGGACGCACGUGUGGAGAGGAAGAAGAUUAUUUUCGAGCAUCAGCUGCUCGAGUACCGCAAAAAUCAACUGGCAGACAAGAAGCGCACAAAGGAAGAGAAGGAUCUCAUGAACAAAGCUAAGCCCUUUGCGAGAAUGAUGCUACACGCCGACUUUGAGCAGUUUUGCAAAGACCUUGAGUACGAGCAUAAUCUGCGACAGGCCAUCUCACAACUACAGGAGUGGAGGAACAUGCAGAUCACCAGUCUCAAGGCUGGCGAAAAGUAUGAGCAGGAAAAGCAGCAACGGCAGACCAGGCCACCGCCCAUUGGCCAGUUCGACCGUCUCGCGUCUAGUAGGAUGGCAAAGCCCCAACCUCCCUUUGAGCAGCCAUCAGCCGCCACUGCACUGCUUGCGCAAGAACUUCCCCUGCACGUCAAGCAGAGCAGCGGACUGAGUACACCACCACCAGACCGUGCGCCCAACAAUACUAAUGGUGUUAACGGCACCAAUGGAGUGACGACCCCUCAAUUUACAAAGACCAAAUUUGUACCGAAGCCACUUCCUAACACAGUGCCUCUGAAGUUUGGCAAAGAGUCCAAGGCAGAUCUCCAGUUGCUUAGCGCCGAGGAAGUAGAACUGUGCAGUGUCCUGCGAAUCAUGCCGAAACCAUAUAUCGCGCUCAAGGAAAUGAUUCUUCGUGCAGCCCUCCUGAACGGCGGUGCGCUCAAGAAGAAGACGGCCAAGGAGAUUUGCAAGAUUGACACCAACAAGUCAUCGCAGUUGUUUGAAUAUUUUGUGCAUAGUGGAUGGAUAGCAAGGGCAUAG